GUAGGCUUGCCUGGCCUCAAACUCGAUUUGUAAUAGAGGGAGUCUUGAACUUCUGAUCUUCCUCCUUCCACCUUCCAAGUUCUGGAAUUACAGGCCUGCACCGCCAUACCUGGUUUACUAAGUGCUUGGGACCGAACCCAGGGCUUCCUGCAUGCUAGGUAAGCACUCUGUCAAUGAGCUACAACCCCAGCCUUGUAGAAGCUAUUUUUAGUAAAGUUCUCACUGACAUAGUAAAUUUUCAGGAACGAUUCAUUCUAUGGCCAAAUUUCUUAAAUGGUAAAUAACAGCUUUGAUCUGAUUACAUAAGGGUCUGUAAAUAUGCACAUAAAGCAGGGAUGGCACACAUCUUUAAUUCCAGUAGUUCCACACACAGCCAGGGGUAUACAAGGACAGGAAAGACAGACACACACACACACACACACACACACACACACACACACACACUAUCCCUCACAUGCCGUUUUCCAGAGUACACAGUCCACUUUCUAAAAGGAACAAAUAUUUCUAGGUUCUCUGUUUAACCAGUUGUAGAGAUUCCUAAAGAUAAAAGGGUUUUACUUUGAGCCAUAUAAGAGAAAAUGCAGAAAAAAAAAAUUAUUCACUAUUUAAACCAGGCAUUCUGGCUAGCUAUUAAAUUCAGUACUUAGUACAGGAAGUUCUGAAUUUAUAAUGGGAUAAUGUUCCAAAACGUAUUUUUAAGUUAUUUGGAACCUGAAACACACAUUCCCAUAGAAACAAUGCUAUAAAUGGCGGUUCAGUUUGCUGCUCACACCCAAGAGUCUGUGAAAGCCAUCACGUGCCCGUGUGAAUCCGAACAGUGCUGAAGUACUGCCCCUGUCAUGAGCACUCACUGAUCUAAGUGAGCCGCACUAUGGAACAGUGAUGCCCACUAUGCUGAGCCCUCAAGGACAGGGACACACUUAAAGGCCUUAGUGUUCUUGUGCCCAGCACAGUCUUCCCACAUGGCUGGCACUUAGCACAUGUUUGUUACGGGAGAAAAAAAAAGUUCUGGAAACAGGCACUGCUAGAUAUGGGUACCAGUUCUACCCGCUUGGUAGCUCCCUGGAAACCUUUCCAUCCCUUGUAUCCUCCUUCUCAACCAUCAAAGCAGGACAGUCACACCCAGCAAAGGGUUCUUGUAGAAACUAGGUAUGACAAUAUUUUGGGCAAUCUGGGUUUUUUUUUAUUUUGUUUUGUUUUUUAAGAUUUAUUUAUUUACUAUGUAUACAGCAUUCUGCCUGCACAUCAGAAGAGGGCACCAGACCUCAUUACAGAUAGUUGUAAGCCACCAUGUGGUUGCUGGGAAUUGAACUCAGGACUUCUGGAAGAGUAGCCAGUGCUCAUAACUGCUGAGCCAUCUCUCCAGCCCACAAUCCAGUACUUAAAGUUAAUGUCAUCAUACUGAACACAAUUUAUAAAAUCCCAUGAAAAAUCAAGUUCAACUUACUGUUCUGCAGAUGAGAACGCUCAGGAGUUAAAGCCACAUGCUCAGCACAUGGGGUCUCAGUGGCUGUCAGGGUCUCCAGCCUCCUGCCUAGGCUCUUCCCAUUGCUAAGAGCUCCGGGGACUUCUCUCCACUAAGCAUUGCCGAAAUACAGGAACUGUCUGCACUCCGGACAGCCUCACGCUGCCACUCUUCUGUUGUAGACUGUAGCUUGUUUGUUGGUUGGUGUUUCUGUUGCCUGGUCAAGCCAACAGCUGUCACUUCUAAAAGGACAAUGGAUAAUAAAUGUUACAACAAGUAACAUGAAUGAACCACUGCUGCAGUUCCAAAUGGAUCCCAGACAAGGAAUUCAUCCACACUGGAGGGAAAACAGGGAGUUUUGAAUGCUCUUUUCUCUCCAGUACAAGAGGAAAGGAACCCACACCAUCACAAAAAGGCACAGGGACAUCUCGGCAGUGGUUUCAGAGGCAAGGCUACCUACCCACUCCUUCCCAAUGAGCCACAAUGGAUACUGCCAGCCACAGCCUUGUCCUUCUGCAGCAGCUGAACAUGCAGCGAGAGUUUGGUUUUCUGUGCGACUGCACAGUUGCAAUUGGAGAUGUUUACUUCAAAGCCCACAGAGCAGUGCUUGCUGCUUUUUCCAACUAUUUCAAGAUGAUAUUUAUUCACCAAACAAGUGAAUGCAUAAAAAUACAACCAACUGACAUCCAGCCUGAUAUAUUCAGCUACUUGUUACAUAUUAUGUACACAGGAAAAGGGCCAAAACAGAUUGUGGAUCAUAGUCGUUUGGAGGAAGGGAUCCGAUUUCUCCAUGCUGACUACCUUUCCCACAUUGCAACUGAAAUGAAUCAAGUGUUCUCUCCAGAGACCGUGCAGACCUCAAAUCUGUACGGUAUUCAGAUUUCCACAACCCAGAAACCAGCUGUCAAACAAGGGCUGGAGAUCAAAGAGACUCCUCCCAGUAGCAGUGGAAACAGAGCUGCUGUCCAAAGUGACCACCCCCAGCUGCAGCUCUCUCUUGCGAUUGGCCUAGAUGACGGAAGUGCAGAGCAGCAGAGGGCCCAUCCUGCUGCCCAGGCCUUGGAGGAGCACCAGAAGCCCCCAGUGUCCAUCAAACAGGAGAGAUGUGAUCCGGAAUCUGGGAUCUCCCAGGGCCACUCCUCGUCCUCGUCAGAAGUGACUGGCCCCUCUUUUACAGAAAACAGUAUCAGGGUCCACUUGUGCCAUUACUGUGGGGAGCGUUUCGAAUCUCGUAGUAGCCUGAGACAGCACCUCCACACGCAUGUGUCUGGAUCUCUCCCGUUUGGUGUCCCUGCUUCCAUUUUGGAAAGUAAUGACCUUGGUGAAGUGCAUCCACUUAGUGAUGGCAGUGAGGCUCUUGAAUGCCGGAGGCUUAGCUCCUUCGUCAUCAAGGAGAAUGAGCAGCAGUCGCAGCCGCAGCCGGAGCACUCCAGCCGGGGUACUGCAGAGCCGUUACAGAUCAGUCAAGUAUCUUUGAUCUCCAAAGACACCGAGCCAGUAGAACUAAACUGUAAUUUUUCUUUUUCAAGAAAAAGAAAAAUCAGUUGUACCAUCUGUGGCCAUAAAUUUCUUCGAAAAAGCCAGUUACUGGAACACAUGUAUACACAUAAAGGUAAAUCUUACAGAUAUAACAGAUGCCAAAGGUUUGGAAAUUCAUUGGCCCAGAGGUUUCAGCAGUAUUGUGACAGCUGGCCUGAUGUCCCCCUGAAAAGUUCUCGAUUGUCACAAGAACAUUUAGACUUGCCUUGUGCCUUAGAGUCAGAGCUCACACAAGGGGGUGUGGACACCAUCCUUGUGGAGUAGCAGCUUCUCCUUUAGAAGUUUUAUACCAGUCUUGGAAAAGAUUCAUACACUACUUUUAAUUCAUAAAUUAUUUACCUUCUCAUGGUCUGUUGACUUAAAAUAAUCUGUCCCUGGUUUUGAGGUUGUACAUACCAGUUCUUAUAAGACAUGGAUAUUAAACAUGACUUUCAAAUUAUCCCAUAAGCUUUUUUAUAAAUUAUAAUUUGAAAACCAGAA